CGGGCUUUUCCCGUCGUGCAACGCGCGGCGUCGAAAAGCGCGGGAGUUCGGCCGCUCGCUCGCUCUCUGCGGUCUUUGUCGCCAACAUAUCAACAACCAGCAAACAACAACAACAACAACCAGCAAACAACAACAACAACCAGCAAACAACAACAACUCCAACGUUACGGGUUACCGCCGCAGCAAUACCAGCCGACGUUCGACAACUAUACGCCGACACGUUGGUGCAGAAUCUCCUGGCAUGGAGGUGUUGUUUCAUACCCCGAAGAAUCCGCGUGUGAAGUCCUUGCAGGUUACAGGAAAGGGAACACCUGCACCAUCAAUGGAGAUCCCUCCUUCACCAUUUAUGAAAAAACUGGGCUAUGGCACAGGUGUAAAUGUGUACCUCUUGAAGCGCUCUCCGCGAGGUGUCUGUCGUUCCCCGUGGGCCGUCAAGAAGAUAAAUUCACUGUGUAAGAGUGGCAUACAAGAAGAAUAUCAGAAGAGGCUGAAAGAAGAGGCCAAACUCCUGCAGAAUCUAAGCCACCCGAACAUUGUUGGUUACAGAGCCAUGGCUCAGACAAAUGAUGGUGGUCUAGCCCUUGUCAUGGAAUACGGGGGUGAGAAGUCCCUCUUUGAUAUUAUUGAAGAGCGACUUGAUAAUGAUCUGGGACCUUUCCCAGCAUCUGUCAUUCUCAAAACAGCACUCGAGGUUGCCAAAGGGCUCCAGUAUUUACACAAAGAAAAGAUGCUGCUCCAUGCAGAUAUCAAAUCUGCAAACAUUGUGAUCAUGGAGGAUUUCAAACAGAUCAAACUCUGUGAUGUUGGAUAUGCCAUGGCAUUGGAUGAGAAUCUGAAAUUGAAAAACAAGGAAGACGCUUAUAUUGGUACUGAGCCCUGGAAGCCAAAGGAGGCUCUAAAAGAUGGUGUCAUCACAGACAGAGCUGACAUCUUUGCUUAUGGCCUCACUCUGUGGGAAAUGAUGAGCCUGCAGAUUCCACAUGUAGUCAUCCCUGAUGAGGACAGCGAAGAGGAGUGCAAUGAGGACAGCUUUGAUGAUGAAGAGUACUACGCUGCCCUGGGUUCACGGCCUGCUCUCAACAUGGAGGAGCUGGAUGAGAGCUAUGCCCGCGUCAUUGAUCUCUUCGUAGCAUGCACCGAUGAGGACCCACAGAAGCGUCCCUCUGCCGAGAAUAUUGUUCGCAUGCUUCAAGAGGAACUCUAAUGAGCUCGCCGUUUCAUGCUGCACCAGAAUAGGAGAGGUCUUAAGUGAUUCUAGCAACUGCAGAGCUUGAAGAGUUUGUUAUUGAUUAUCUUUCCAUUUUUUCUAUACCGCAGUAUGCAAUGUUCUACAGCAGAGCAGAAAAGUAUUCACUAGUGCCUGCUUUAUAUUGGUAUAUAUUGCAAUGUUUUUAAGUGGCAAUUUGUUACUUAAAUUCUACAUUUUUGUUCUCAACUGCUGCUUCAUAUUGUAAUGCAAAUGUUACAUUGCAUUUUUUCGGGUGCAGUGGUUCGUGCUAUGAAUCCAGUAACCUUGGUUUAAUUUCUGGUCAUGCUAACGUUGGCGAGUGAUCUCUGAACCAGUUUUUACAUUCAAUUCGCAUUGACCAGAGUGGUGAAGUAUGAUCCAUCAACUCCUAUAAGCCACAUGGUGUGGGGAAAUCUUUCCUCAACAAGGGAUUGACUAAAGAGUUUUACUGUGUAUACUGUAUUUCUUGCAGAAUGUUUUAUUUUACUCAUUGUAAAAUCGCAUAUUAAAAUUCAUUUUCAAAGCUG